AGGUGCGAUUGAACCUGCCGAGCAGUGCUGCUGCGCAUUCUGCUUUCGUUUUCUUGCACAUCUUCUUUUCUCUGUUUUCACCGUAAAACUCUUUCAGCCCCUGCUGUGCAGCUUCCGUCCCCCACGAAGGGUUAGUGCACCGUCUACCACGCCACUGUCGACUUAUCUCUUUUCCUUUUCUUCAACUCCCUACCAUCUCUGUCUCUCUGUACGUUUAGAUUAUCACGAUGGACUGCAGUACGUUGCCGCCCACUGCGCGGGAGGACAACAUCACGGAUGACAUGCUCGACCUCUACGCUGAGGACGCCCUCGUCUCCGCGAUGCACUCCACCAACUACGGUGCCGGAUCGCCGAACACGGGUGCGUUGCGGCUCCGGCAGUUCAGCACCGUCGACUCUGCCUCCUGCUCGCUCCGCCCCAACGGCCAUCUCGGGCCCCUCGCGCUGGGCACGGUGCGUCCAGCGGAGGCAGCAGCGGUGGGGCCCCAAAGCAGCAGCUCGCUGAUGGGGCUCGAGAGCAUGGAGAACAUCGUCUUUCAGCGCCAGAGCCGCCGCACCAACGUGCAGCAGCGUCCGUCGCUGGACGACAACGCCUCCGUUUCGAACAUCACCAGCGACGACAGCGGCGACUUUGGCUUUCUCACGAGCGACGCGCGAGACGCAGACGCGUACGAUGCGAUUCGGGACUACCUGGUCUACUGCAAGCAGCAGGAGAAGGAUCUGGAGGAACUAGAGGAGGAGUGUGCGCAGCUGGAGGCGGAGCAGCAGCUUCUCUACGGAGCGGCGGUGGCGGUGAAGAUGACGAAGCGGGGCUCUCUCGCUGCGUCCAGCGCAUCACCUUUGUGCGCCGACGGUGCGGUGUCCGCAGGCGCUUCUCCGAGAGUAGAGGGGGACAUCGGGUGCACCGCGCAGAGCGUGGCCGAGGAGUUUGCUGAAGAGGACAUCGAUCCAUUGAAUCCAUGCCCUUACGUGGACGCCUGCACCGGCGGGAAGACACGAGCCCUCUACCGCUACGGACCGCCCAGCUUCCAGGGCGACUACAAACCUGUCUUUAAGAACGGCUUCCUGUACCGCUGCGCGACUCGGGAAGGCCUGUGGGUCUUCUACAACGACUCUCAGAAGUACCAGAUGCACGUGCGGUACAUCUUCGGCGCCACCUCGACCCUCGCGGCGGGGCCACACGCGUCCCUCAAGCAGCUGCGGCCCGGCGAAGUUGAGCUGGCGGUGACCGUGUGGCCACAAGAGACGGAGGUGCUGCUGCAGGGCGAGGUGAACGGCUUCAAGAACCUCUCUGUCGCCACACCGGUCGACGCGAGCUACGUCAACACGCACACCGCCGCCUCGACGGCAACGGCCCGUGCGCUGCUGAGUCGGUACGCCCGCCAGUCUGGCAAAUCCAGCGUGACGAUGCUCACCUCGGAGGAUGUGCUGGACUGCUGCUUCAAGGGAAACAAAAACGGCCCAACGAAGGGCAGCAGCGGCGGCGCGUCUGCUGGUGCGUCGGUCUGCCACUACGUGGAUCCGGCCUUUCCACCCUGCAGCGCCUCCAUCUACCGCCACGACGUCGACGAUAUUUUUCUGUGGGAUAUGCCGUGGCGGAGGCCGGCAGACUACCUGCCGAAAAAGCAGAUAGCGGAGGCGUGUCUGUUUGCUGGCGCCGCACUGCCGACGGACCCGUCCUCCGGCGACGGCGGCGACGCGUAUCUCAGCAGUGCCGCCUCGCUCCUCGCUGAGCACCCCGACAGCAUCUACAAGCUGUUUCGCCACCCGACCUCUGCCGACGCAGGAAGAAAGGCGCGUACGGUGGGCGCCUACCACGUCACCUUGGGCCACGGUGGCUGGUGGACAAGCACGGUUGUGGACGACUACCUCCCUGCGUCGCUGCGAGGGCCGGACAUGGGCCGCUGCGCGCACGACCUGCGGAAGCUGUGGUACCCGCUGCUGGAGAAGGCAUACGCGAAGUUGCACGGCUCCUACGCCGCCAUUCAGUGCGGCGACCCGCUCGAGGCGCUGCAGGACUUCACCGGCUUCCCCACCUUCCGCUUCGAUGAGGAGUGGGCGGAGGUGGCGGAGAAGGUAAAGAGUAGUCUCUCGUGCUUCCCGAACACGGCGGAGACGGAGCGGCUGUUUGACAUGCUCGAGGCGAAGGUCAACGCGUGCGGGUACCUUGUCUGCCUGAGUCUGCCCGACGAGGGCCCCACCGAGGCAAAGCAGAUGCAGAUGGGAAUGGUGUAUGGGUCCUCCUACGCGGUGCUGCGUGUGGUGCGGUACGAGGACUACCGGCUCGUGCAGGUGCGGUGCCCCACCAUGCGGCUCGACGGCGAUGGGCUGUGGAGUGCGGAGAGCGUGCGGUGGCGACAGGAACCAGAACUGGCGAAGUUGUGUGGGAUGCGCACCGCGGCUGGCGGAUCCUCCGAUUUUGGCGUAGUGGGCGACGACGGCGGCGGUGACAGCACGGUGUUUGAUGAGGGCAACGAUGUGACCCCCGGCGGGCUAUGGCUCGACUGGUCGGAGGCUCUGCUUAUGUUUGAGGGCGGUGGGGUGUGCUGCUCGCACUGGGACUGGACGGAGGACUGCCGCGUGCGCGGCGCUUUCCACAACGGUAUCCCUUCGCUCGCCUUGGAGGUGCGCGUGGAGGCGGCAGACGGAGAAGAGGGGGAGGCUGCGGGCCCUGUAGAGGCCUACUGCGUGCUCUCGCAGGAAGAUGACCGCGGAUUGCCACCGGACCACCCCAACCGCGCCUUGCAGCCGUUGAUGUUGUGCGUCAGCAGCGUUAUCAGCUCGCAAGAUGCGUUGGAGCCCCCCGGUAGGACGGCAUCCACACAAUGUAUUUGCUUGGCCUGCUCCACCGACCCGGACAGCCCUACCGAGCAGCUGAGUUACAUCCUGGGAAGGGACACGGCGCUGCGCACGGCGUUCGAGCCCAGCGCGCAUCCCUACUACAUCAUCCCCCGCUCCCUGGGCGAAACGUCGAACAAACUCUUCACAGUGGGCAUCAUCUCCUCGACGCCGGUGACGAAGAACGGCCGGCUGCGUGUGCGGGCCGUGCAGCUGCCGUCAGACUCUCCUGUCUUUGAAAACCAGUGGGAGUUCUCCACGGCGCAGGUGACGGGCGUGGCGGCGGCGGCGUUCCAACUUCGCGGUGCGGAUGGGCGGGUGCGCGUGGGAUGCGGCAGCAGCAUUGGCUAG